UGUCCAACAAACAGCUACAACACUGACUGUGGGAAACAUAAUCUCUGAACUGCUAAACCUCUCUGGAAUGCUGUAUAACCAUCCUGGAAUAGUUAAGUGCAGAACAAUGGCUUGACUGUUUCCCUGGCAAUAUGCAUGGCCACAUCCUCCCGCUAAAUCUCUUACUGUGUGCAAUUCAAGCUGUAUCCUCUUUUAUCCAUCUAGAACCCAAUAAUGCAACUGUGUUACGGGGCAGUGUGGUGCACUUCAACUGCAGCACUGAUGAAACCUGGGACCUCAUGACGUGGUUAGUGGAUGGAAGGACAGUUCUCAGCAUUACGAUGCAGCAAGGUACUGUGGGCAGAGAUCCGGCUGUCUCUACUGUAAAUCAUUCCACAUCAGAGCUCUCAGUGUGGGAGUUAGUCCUGAUGAGUGUUCCAUUCAGAUCUACAGUUCAGGAGGUUAUAUGUGAACUCCUGCCUACAAAACCCAGCAGGUCAUCGGCAACCCUGUCUGUACAAGAACAAGGAAAUAUCACAAUUUUGGAGGGUGACCUGUCAGCUUCAGAGGGCACAUUGGUCAUCUUCCAUUGCCAGAUGGUUGGCUGGUAUCCAGACCCUGUUGUGAUCUGGGUGGUCAAUGGCACAACUGUGGAUAGAAGCGACUACAACAUCAGCAGUCUUCAGGAGUCAGACGACCUCUUCCACUCAAACAGUGUGUUACAGUUAAAAGCAGAGACAAGCACCAUGGUACAAUGCUGUGCGUCCGUGCCUGCCACACUAGCACACCAAAGCAGCAGUGUAAAGCUAACUGUAGUGCCGCCAAGAACUACACAGGACUAUACAGUUUUGAUCGCUGUAACGGUGGCAGUGUGUGUGAUCAUUCUAUUGGUAAUACUCAUCCUGCUCCUGUACUAUAGAAAAAAACUCACAAAAUCCAGCUCUGAAAAUAAACUAAGCUCCUCUCUAUGGACUGUCAACUUGAAUGGUGAGAGGACAUGUGCUACUGAAGAAACCAGAGGAAAGGUUAAUCAAGGAUACCACGCUGAAGACAUAAGAGGUUCAGGACACAGUGAACUCAGGGACAGAGUUCAAAGCACCAUGAACAUCAGCCCUCCACAGGUUCCUGACAUCGUAAUUUUCUCCUCUCAAAAUCACAACGAGGGAGAUUUUUUAAACCUGUACAGUAAGGAAACGAAGACAUUUCAUCAAGUCACCACUGUUUGACAUCAUCAUCACCACCACAACAACGCAAUGCUAUUUAAAUGCAGUGUGUUGAAGCUGCUGUUUUGGACCAGCUUUCUGUUAGGAGAGAAACCCCAAGUCCAUUCUGAUAUUAUCAUUACAAAAGAUUUCUCUGCCAAAGAGUUGUAAAACUGUAAAGUGUAAACUGUGUGUGAACUGUGUGCUGUGAAGUUCAUGACUUGCAUGUCAAGGGAGUCUGAAUAUGUUACGUUAUCAUGUGAGCCCCUGUAAUCAUGUCAACUGAAUCACUCAGGCUUAUAGUCACACGUCAAUACCACAAGUAUCCAUGCACCAAGACCACCAUCAAUGUACAGUAUUUUUAUGUAAAUCAUUACCAUUUUUGCAUUAACACUUUAAAAAAAAAAUGUAUUGUGUAAUUACUUGUAUUCAGGGUUGGGGAGUAACGGAAUACAUGUAACGGGAUUGCGUAUUUAAAAUACAAAAUAUAAGUAACUGUAUUCCACUACAGUUACAAUUUAAAUAAUUGAUAAUUAGAAUACAGUUACAUUCAAAAAGUAUUUUGAUUACUGAAGAGAUUACUUUGCAUUUUAUUGUCAUUUGUUUCAUUUAAUAUUUAGUCCUUUAAGAUGGAAAACAUUUAUUCAUAUAUAUGAUGCGAUCCAAAGUGCAUUUGAACAGCGGUAAAACACUUCCUUAUAAAAGCAGACAGAGAAGUAAAUUUGAAGUAAGUUUGGAGCACAAGAAAUAUAAAUAAACCUUGUGUAAAUUGUCAGCUUUACGCUAAGCUAAAAUGCUAUUUCUAGCCAUUUACAUGCAUGUUACCAGGCACGAUCAUAUUUUUUUAUCAAGAAAAUUCACGUUAGAUCAUAAUUUCAAUUUUUCUAGUAAGACCUUUGAUAUUAGGGCAAAAUCGUAUUUUUGAUAAUACAUUUUGUAUUGUUUUCCUGUAAAAAUAUCUAAAAAUCUUAAUUAGAUUGAUCUUGUUUUAGAAACAACACUGCAUAAGAUAUUUAGGUUUUUCAGAGAAUGUAUUUUUAACAUGUGUAUUUUGUCUUACUGUACUGGCAGAGUUUUUAUAGUCAAAACAAGUGAAAAAAUCUACCAGUGCUGAAGAAGUAAUUCAAAGUAUUUAGAAUAUGUUACUAACCAUGAGUAAUCUAACGGAAUAUGUUACAGAUUACAUUUUACAGCAUGUAUUCUGUAAUCUGUAGUGGAAUACAUUUCAAAAGUAACCCUCCCAACCCUGCUUGUAUUACCCUUUACACAUUUACAUAACAAAUUAAAUCAUUUUGUUUUCUUCAUCGGUCAUCGAAGGAAGUAUUAAACCUUCAAGGCUCCAAUACACAAAGUUCUUCUUCAUUCUUCGCUCAGAACUAAAAAGAAGGUAGAAACAGCUGAGAGACAGUAGCUAUACUGUUUGUGAACAUUCGGACACCACACAUGCCGCUGGGGCCAGCAUUUGGAGAAACAUUUAAAUUCAAUCCAUGCUCUUCUGUCAACAGACUUCAUGUAAAACAUUAACCAAUGUGACAUUAAAAUGUGUUAUCAAUUAC